AUGACUGCCUUUAAAUUGCGACAUUCGAUUAUCUCCAAGGAAAUUGAGUUGCAAUUGGUGAGACACUCUCAAACUUUAUUCGAUUUGAUGCUCAAUAUCUACAGCUCGUUUAGUUCAGUAUUGAGACCUUGUUUUGUUAAGGCUAAAAGGGUAUAUGUAGAUUUUCGUGGCUUAUAUCACACCAACAAGUUCAUGCCUACUGGAGGACAUUGGAUUAUAGCUAGAAAAAAUUGUUUGGAUUUUCGUGGAGGGCGACAUAUCUUGAAUUCUGGAAUUUGUGGUGUUGUGCGCGUUUUCUCUUCUAAUGUUAUCAGUGGAAGUCCAAAAGCAAUUAACGAGAAUAUGAUAUUGAAUUACGUCGUGAGUGAAGAUGAUCCCACAACCAUGUCUCCAUCAUAUGACAGAAAUAUUCUCAACUUGUGUUAUUGCACUUAUCGUACUGAUAUCGACUCUUCACUUCAGAAACAACUUUAUUUCUCACAAUCCAUCUCAAUUCUCAAGAAGGCCUCAUUUAUGCUUGGAGAAGAUCAAGAGUUAAGUACAACUCAAUUUAGUGCCCUGAUGGUUGUUUGGUUUAAGAUAUGUGAAGAAAUUUGUGUAUCUUUGCCUCCAAUGUGUUGCUUUAUCUUGUCAGGCUUUUGGAAUUUGGAUCAAAUUUCAUGGGGAAUGUUGAAUUAUGUUUAA